AUGCUGCUCGAAGCAGGAGAGGACGGAGGUCGCAGCACAACACAAGUUGCAGGUGGCCAGUCACUAUCCGCUUCCUGCGGGAUUGCAGAUUUGCUGUUCGCCUCCCCAGCAGCAUUGUCCAGCGAAACGAGUUUCGACCUCGCCAGCAUGCGGGUUGCUCUCAAAGAGGCCGUCGAUUCGGGACAUGUAGACGAAUCAGCAGUGAAACCAAUCCUAGUGAUGGCGAAGGUUGCCUCGUUGCUAAGUGAGAGCGUCGACAGCAGCGACCAGCUACACGUCUCCGCCAGUCAGGGGCAGGAGGUGAGAGUGGCGACCCUUUUGGCCGAAGGAGCUAAGAAGAAUGGUCUCGAUGCCCAGGGGCGAACGCCUCUUCAUCUUGCGGUCGAAAACGGGCAUCUCUCUACGGUGAAGGCCCUGUUGGCUGCCGAUCCGGACACCAGCGUCCACUACAGGAUUUGGAACAGGAGCUACUCGGUUCUCGACUUCGCCGCUCAGAAGGGGGACGCGUGUGUUUUGAGGGCGAUACUCCAACACGGCGUCGACGUGAAUCGUCGCACAGACGGCUACACCAGCCUUCAUGUCGCCGCCCUCAAUAACAGGGUGGCCGCGAUCGACGUGCUCGUCGAAGCCGGUGCGCACGUGGAGGUCGAGGACGACGACGACUGCACACCGUUCCUGGACGCUUGCAGCAACCAUUGCCACGAGGCCGCCUUGGCCUUGUUCAAGCACGGGGCAAACAUCGAGGCGAGGGACAUGCGUGGCGAGACGCCUCUGAUAAUCGCGGCCAGACAGGCCGGGAGGCAAGGCGUCACGGCAAUAGUUGACAUGCUGCUGAGAUGCGGGGCCGACGAAACGGCGCUCAAUCCGGACGGUCGGACCGCAGCCGAGGUAGUCGGUCACCAUAUUGAAUACGCCGCAUGUCCGCUCAACAAGCAGGACUUGGAGCGCGUGCGCGACCUCUUGGAGAAUGCUCCCGCGGACAGGGCGUGGCGCCGCCGAGGAUUACUGGUCCUUUGCCGUGCAUUCUGGAUCAAGUCACGGCGUUUGAGAGCUGCUAGCAGCAGUGCCCGUGGUAUUGGACCCCGGGCCAUGAGCGUUUCCAUAGGUGUACGUGUUUCAGUUGCCGGCGGCGAGUUAAGGGAGGACGACGACAAGGGUAGAAGGAAGCAGGGAUGCGAUCUCGUCGGUGGCGGCGUGGGCGAGCGUAAUGUUCAAGCCGAUACGAACAGGACUUGGCAACAGCCACGUGAGACGGCAAGUGUUGGUCGUACCGCCCUCGUGGUGGCAAUGGUUUGUUGUUCUACCAUGGCUUCUUCCUGCGGUACCCUGCUAGGUACGGGUCACGAAUGGCGCCCAGCAUUGUGGAAGGACUUUGUCAUCCUCUGUCAACGGUCCUCGAUUCGUUCUAGAGGACGCCCAAGGCCAGUCCAGUGAACCAUGACAUUGUUGUGGUGUAGUGUGAGCACGACUGCGGUGUCAACGUGUCGCGGUUUGUUUGGUAUGUAUUCUGUCAGUAGCCUCAUAACUUACCUUUUGGUUGAGCUCAACCGAGCUGUGCAGAUAGACCCCUGUUUCGUGGUACGCCCCACACGUAAAGCACUUUGCAUGUGUGGUAAACGCCUUCUGUUCGUCGUCUCGUUCCUGUUGAGUUGUGCCAUCCAACCGAGACAAAUAAAGCACCAUAGUAUAAUAGUGGUUUGUAGAUAGCGGUGAUGCGAACAGCAUAUGUACAAGCAUGUACAAAUCUUGUCUAUCUCAUGCUUUACCCAUAAUGAAUCCAAGAGAGAGGGAGCAUCGAUUGUUUUCAAGACCUGGCCCUCUCCGGAAAGGACAAAGUCUUCCUGUGUGUGUAUUUGUUUUUCCUAAGAAUAAGUAGCACCAAUGGGUUGGUGUCGGAAUGUAUGUGUAAACGCGCUGGACACGGAAUCUAGUGCACACUUUUGCCAAUUUUGGAAUUACCGGCGUGUUCAGCACCAGGUUGAAGUGAAUCUAGGGAGGUCGCUCUGAGGGAGGGGGGUCAACAUGUGCUCUGAGGAGAAACUUGCCUUCGUGAGAAGCAUUCUGGGGUGGCUGUUUUAAAUGUGG